AUGCAAGAUGAGAUUUCAGUUCUUUAUAUUUGCACAGAGAAUAACCCACAAACUGUUCUGAUCAUUGUCUGUGGGCAGUUUUCUUUUAUGAGCUGUCUCUUGUUUGUUUUUUUUCCCCUCCAUUUUCAUCUACGUCAAGAAGACUUCCCCAUCUGCCAUAGACACAUUCAAAUCUCUUUCUUCUGCCUUCUUCUUUUUCUUUUCCCUUCAUCUGUUCAUUCUCAAUUUCUUUCUAUCUUCUUUUUCUUGUUUCCCUUCCGCCUCUCUCAUCUUGUUCUUCCCUUCCUCCACUCUCUCAUCUCAUUCUUCUCUUCCGCCUCUCUCACAUCUCAUUCUUCCCUUCUCCUGCUCUCUCAUCUCUUUCUUCCCUUCUGUCACCUCUCUCAUCCUGUUCUUCCCUUCCCCCUCUCUCUCAUUUUCAUUCUUUCCUCCCUCUUCCCUUCUUUCAUCCUCUUUCUUCCCUUCUUCCCUCUCUCUCAUUUCAUUCUUUCCCCUUUCUUUUUAUUCUCUUUCUCUCUUCUUUCUUCCUUUUCUUCCUUCCUCCUCUUCUCUUUUUCAUUCUUUCCUCCUCUUCUCUUUUUCAUUCUUUCCUCCUCUUCUCUUUCUCCUAAUAUCAAACUUCUGUCUUUCUCUCAUUCCUGUCUCUUUUUCUUCAUUCUCACUACAUUUUUUUUCUUUGGACUUCCCUUUUCUCCAUUUUUUAUUCUUUGUUCAUCAAUCCUUACCUCUUUCUUUCUUUCCUUUCUUUCUUUUUUACUUUUUCUUUCUUUUUUACUUUUUCUUUCUUUCUUACUUUUUCUUUCUUUCUUACUUUUUCUUUCUUUCUUUCUUAAUUUUCUUUCUUUCUUACUUACUUUUUCUUUCUUACUUUCUUUUUCUUUCUUUCUUUUUUCUUUCUUUCUUCUUUCUUUUCUUUCUUUCUUUUCUUUCUUUCUUUUCUUUCUUUCUUUCCUUUCUUUCCUUUCUUUCCUUUCUUUCUUUCUUUCUUUCUUUCUUUCUUUUCUUUCUUUCUUUCUUUCUUUUCUUUCUUUUCUUUCUUUCCUUUCUUUCUUUCUUUCUUUCUUUCUUUUCUUUCUUUCUUUCUUUUCUUUCUUUUUCUUUCUUUUCUUUCUUUUUCUUUCUUUACUUUCUUUCUUUCAUCAUUUUUACUACUACUUUCAUUCUUUACCCAAGUUUUUUCUUCAUUUUCAUUUCUCUCGUCUUUUCUCCCAUUUUUAUCUCUCUCCUUUUCUCAUUUUCAUCUCUCCCCUCUUUUUUCUCAUUUCCAUCUCUCUCCUUUUCCAGUCUCUCUCCUUUUCUUGUCUCUCUCCUUUUCUUGUCUCUCUCCUUUUCUUGUCUCUCUCCUUUUCUUGUCUCUCUCCUUUUCUUGUCUUUUUCUUGUCUCUCUUUCCUUGUCUCUCCAUCUCUCCUUGUCUCUCAUUUCCAUCUCUCUCCUUUCCUUGUCUCUCAUUUCCAUCUCUCUCCUUUCCUUGUCUCUCAUUUCCAUCUCUCCUUUCUUGUCUUGUCUCCUUUCCAUCUCUCUCCUUUUCUUGUCUCUCCUUUUCCUUGUCUCUCUCCUUUCCUUGUUCUCUUGUCUCUCUUUUCUUGUCUCUCUCCUUUUCUUGUCUCUCAUUUCCAUCUCUCUCCUUUCAUUGUCUCUCCUUUCCAUCUCUCUCCUUUCCUUGUCUCUCAUCUUUUCUUGUCUCUCUCCUUUUCUUGUCUCUCAUUUCCAUCUCUCUCCUUUUCUUGUCUCUCUCCUUUUCUUGUCUCUCUCCUUUUCUUGUCUCUCUCCUUUUCUUGUCUCUCUCCUUUUCUUGUCUCUCUCCUUUUCUUGUCUCUCAUUUCCAUCUCUCUCCUUUUCUUGUCUCUCUCCUCUUCUCCUUUCUUGUCCUUUUCUUGUCUCUCUCCUUUUCUUGUCUCUCAUUUCCAUCUCUCUCCUUCCUUCCAUCUCUCCUUUUCUUGUCUAUCUCCUUUUCUUUUUGUCUCUCUCCUUUUCUUGUCUCUCUCCUUUUCUUGUCUCUCUCCUUUUCUUGUCUCUCUCCUUUUCUUGUCUCUCUCAUUUCCAUCUCUCUCCUUUUCUUGUCUCUCUCCUUUUCUUGUCUCUCUCCUUUUCUUGUCUCUCUCCUUUUCUUGUCUCUCAUUUCCAUCUCUCUCUUUUCCUUGUCUCUCAUUUCCAUCUCUCUCCUUUUCUUGUCUCUCAUUUCCAUCUCUCUCCUUUUCUUGUCUCUCAUUUCCAUCUCUCUCCUUUUCUUGUCUCUCAUUUCCAUCUCUCUCCUUUUCUUGUCUCUCAUUUCCAUCUCUCACCUUUCCUUGUCUCUCUUUCUAUUAUCUCAUUUUACAUAUUUCUUUCUUUCUUUUUUCUUUCUUUUUUCUUUCUUUAUUCUUUCUUUCUGCCUGCCUGCUCGAUUUUGA